AUGAGCAAAUACAUAGAUUACAGAUUAGUUCAAAAUGAUGUUCUCAAUGAUGAUUUCACUGCACGUGGCCGUAUCCCUGUUAAAAUCAAGCUCGGGGUUUUAUCUGAAGAUGUUGAAACGCUUUCAGGCUGCAUGGCAGAUCGAUGUAUUAUAGUUGUUAUUUAUAACAAACUUGAUUCAUUUAUCAUUGUAAGAAACUACUUUGUCUCAAGAGAGAACAAUCCUCAUCUCCCAAAAAAUCCAAAAACAUUUACUCCUAGAUAUUAUUCUGCUGCAACCGCAAUUGUUACAAUUAAGAAUAGAUUUAAUUCAGUUGAAGAAUUGUUAGAUGCUGUUUCUGUGCAAAAAGACUUUAAAUUCGACUAUUCAAUUGGCAAAAUCACAGUAAUUCGAUAUUUUUUAUUCGAAGAUUAUGAUUAUAAAAACUUUAAAUAUUUCGUUGAUAGUUAUGUUCAAAACUCUGAAAAAAAAAGACUUGGUCAAGUUGCCACAAGAACUGUUUAUUAUUUAAGUCGUAAUGAUGAUAUUAGAAAUAUGAUUACAGUAUAUAAAAGGAUCGAUAAGAAAGCCACAAAAUAUAGUUACAUUCAAGCAAUGUAUUGCCAAAAGAGAAAAGUAAAUUGGUUUUUCUAUACUCAUUUUCACAUCCUUCCCUUAGGUCAUAAGAUCCAAUUCUAUACUUAG